GGUCGUCGAAGGGUUUUCGCAUCUUGCGGUUCAUUGGGAUAUCUGGAUCCACUCUGAACUAUACUUUGAAACGAGCAGGAAUAGUACAUUCCCACGGGUAUUACGUAAAGAAAGUCGUACGUGCGUGCUUUCGGGGUCGAGACGGUCCCUGCGGGAUAGGCAACACCGCACUUCGUGUGCGUACGGGUGGAAGAUUUUUCCUCGUGAUUGAUUCUCCGCUUCCAUCGCAGAAUCCGGUGUCGUAGUCGUCGCCGUCGCGAGGGUUGCAGCAAUCUAAGGCGAAAACGGGAAGAAUCGUGCGAAAGUGAAUCCCGGUGCUGUGCUGUGAGUUUGUGUGUGCACUUUCGAGUGUGUAGUGGCACGAAGAAGAAGCAAGUGAAAGUGAAGGAAGUAAAGUUGAUUAAGUGAUUUUCCUUUUGCGGUUCAUUUGAGCUUCGGUGCGGUAAUUGGUGAUCUUGGUUCGCCUCUGCCUUCGCGAAAGGGAGACAACGGCGACACGCUUUCUUCGAUAUAUAGCGAGCGAACGAGCGUGGUUUGUGUGCUAUUUUUGGUGUUGUGCGGGCCAGUCUAACUAGAAGGCGUGAACCGAGUCGAGAAUGACGAUGAUGGUGAUGAAGAAUUUGGCGGUUCUCUGUGGACUGUUGCUGUUGCUGGUUGGAGCGGGCGUAAACCCGGGAGUCGAGGCCAGAGCGGUAAACAUCAGCAACACCUGGACGCUGCCGGAGGACGGAUUCCCCGUCUUCUAUCGCUACUUCCGUGACAAAAUUUCCUGGUUCGAGGCGGACGCGGUGUGCCAGUUCCAUCACGCUAAUCUCGUCACAGUGGACAACGGUGUGCAGUUCGAUGCGGCACGGGCCUUCCUCAAAGAGCUGGACGUGACCAAUCCGGUGUGGAUUGGGCUGAUGCGACCGGAAAACUCGGCACGCUUCACCUGGACAAAUGCCAAAACUCUGGACCAAGCAAGCGGUUACUGGGCUGAGGCCCUUCCGGUCAUGGAGACUCCACUGUGCGCCGUAGUGGACCCGGUUCGAGACUUCCGUUGGCAUGCCCUCCGCUGUGGAGGACCAGAAACAGCUGCCUUCCUGUGUGAACUUCCAGUACCGUCGUGGGCCUUGGACUGCACCGUGACGUCGAUGCCUUCGCUGACCGUACAGUACAUGUCGGACAGCGGAGCCGUACAGCUGGCCCGGGACUGCGGCGAGCAGGGCACCCGGCACAUGUCCUGUCAGGGAAAACUCGAUCGGGAUACGAUCCUACAGCAGUUGCAGUGCAGUGAUCAGGAGGUGGAUCCAGCCCAGCUAGCAACCGAGAAUAACCAGCUUCCGGUGGAAGUGGCAGCCGGAGCAGCAGAAAUGGCGGAGCAACAACAGAUGUCGGUUGCUACCAGAAGAACGCUGCUACCGCAGAUCUUGGACCAUGAUAUUCUGACGGUGGUGUCUAACAAUGAUGAGGACAACAACAUUGACGUAAAUCCGAGCCAGAUUGAGGACACUGUGAAGAAUGUGAUCAACAAGUUUAACCUGGCUGAUUUGAUGCAGAACGAUCAGUCGUUGCACAGCGACGAGAUGGAUGGCCAUUAUGACGAACAGGAGAAAGAAGUCAAGAAGUUGGGUGGAAAGAAGUAUUCAUCGAUGUUCGAGAAGAAGGGCAAAUUUGAUAAGAAGGGCGAGAAGAAAGUGGACGAGGAUGAGGAGACGAUGAUGGGUGAUCAGCCGGACGAGACAGAGACACAGCCGAUCGAUAUCGUGCAGCAAGCGAUGAAACCGACGGAAGGUGAUUCGGAUGAGAGUUCGACGUCUGGAGUGGUCGGAAGCUCGACCGAAGGAGCAGCAGCAUCAAGUGAAGCCAUUGUGGUAGAGAGUACUACGGUAGACUCCCGAUUACGCCGAGCAACUGAUGGUGAAACGGUGGAAACAACUGAAGUUCCGACGACUGUUGAAUCUACGACAACGACUACGACUACGACAACUACCAUGGAACCGACUACGAGCAGCACAGCCAGUCACAUUCUUCCAACCACACCUAAGAAGGAAAUAUCCGCCAUCGGAGACCACUUCAUACCGCCAAUGCUUCUUGUGAAGGCUCGCUUCACUUCCACAAAAGCUCAUGUAGACACCACCACCACCACCACUGUGGAACUCCUAACGGAAACUCCUGAGCCUUCGCCGUCCAGUUCGGCUGCGCCAAUUUCGUCAACCGAAGAUCCUACCACUGCAAUUAUGACCGACGAAACCUACGCAGUUUCCGAUAGCGGAAAUGACGUCCAACUUGUUGAGCUAAACGACAAAACCUCGUCCCCAGAGAUUUCCACCUCUACCGAAUCCGACGUCACUACCACCCAUCAGGUCGUAGAAAUAACAUUCGAAGAUAAGGUAAUUUCUUCCAAAAUUGGUACCCUCAGCAUCACGACCCGUCCAUUUACGGCAGGCGAACUCCAGUCAUCGACGGCCGUCCAAAACGCCACAGCCCUCCCGGAAACUGCUUCCACAACUGUAGUUUUGCCAACCACUACUACAACCACGACAACAACUACGACACCUGCUCCAACAACAACGUCAGUCCCAUCAACGACUACGACUCCUUCCACCACCCUAAGACCAACGACCAUCCAGACCGUGACCGAGCACGAACUCCACCAGGACGAUGACGACACUGAUGAUGGUGCCGAUGACCGUCAUGACAGCCACGAGGAAGAGGACAACGAAGCCGAUCAUCACCACGAGGAGCUGCACAACAGUUUUUCCAACAUUGAAAACUUCCAACCGUACAAACCGAACCGGCACCGCAGUCUGACCAAACCGGAAGUGCACAACAACCACGGCAACUAUAUCAAGAAGAUUCUCGGUUGAAACCGAACGCGACGCUAGCAGUAGGCUGCGGAUGCCAUAUGCACUUUCCAUCAACACCGAUGGCUAUUCGAUUGCUUUCCCCGCCCCUCCGGCACCGCAGUGGAAGCAGCAGUAGAUACUAAGCUGACAACUACAAACGUUUGUUUUGAUUUUGGCAGAAAGUAAUAAACUGAAACACUAGUAAAUAGAUACAAAAUUUCUCACUUUUCCCCCCUCCUCAGCAGAAACUAAUCAAAGUAGGCAGUUAGCAGCAGACCUUUUUGCCUGUGAAAGCAGUUUAAACUUUUGACGAAAAGCGCAAACUAACGUUGCAUCAAUCAAUAUCGUUCUUUUUCUUCGAAAAAUUAAACAAAAACAAACAAUUAGCGAACUAGAGAACGCUGUGUAGAGUAGAACUCCCGUUGCAGAAGAAAUGUUUCCCUUUCGGUUAAAACAAUUGCAAAACAAAAACUAUCUUUCACACAGGUUAAUGAAAUUAGAGUUAGAAAAACUAAUACAAAAUACAAAACAAAGAAACACGUUGCCAAUAAUUUGAAAACCCAAUUUAAGUAAAAUAGUAAAACCAAACAAAAGAAAAGAAAAAAAACAAGCAAGAGUUGUGGAAGAGAUUGGAAAACCUUGCGGAUGAAAAUACUAUAAUCAUUAAAAAUUACGAUCUUUAGCCGUGUAAUAACGUUGAUCCAAAUUGAUUUUGACUGCAGUGUCGCAGUUAGCAACCAUUUGCAGCUAUUAACGAAUGCUAAAAUUGUAGCACAAGCUAGAACUUUAGAAAGACGAAGAACGCCAGAACAACAUUAAAAAUUCACACGAUCUUUUCGCACGUGCAAACUCCCAUAAUUAUCGUGGUUAGUUGGUAAGAAAUUUACUGGAAUAAGGAGAUGAUUUUAAUAAAAAUACAUUAAAUUUAA